AUAUUCUGUUAUCAAUAAAACUAUUUCAACUUUCAGCCGUUUCAGGACUUCAGGGAAAUCCUCAGAUUGAUGAGUUUAUGACAAAUGUACGUUGCUUUCCAAGUUAUUUUUGUUUAUGGUCCUGACGAAUCACGAUUGACGACCGUUUACAUAUUUUAAGAGAUGUUUUUUUUUUAAAUAUUAAUAUUUUUUGAAUUUUGUAUUGUUCAAUAUAAUACAUUAAUAUGAAUUCUGGCAUCCCAAUUUUUCCAACUAUGUUCCCUAAUAUCGUAAACCCAUUAUGGUUUAGUGUUGAUGAGCCUAAAAAUGAAGAUACAGAAAUUACACGAAUAGAAAAUAUCCAUCAAAACUGGUUACUCACAUUAACAAAUAAAAUCAACGACAAGGACUUUCCAGUACCAAUUGGCAAAACGGCAACUGAAGUGCAAGAUGAAGAGGAUGAAGAAGACGAAGAGGAAGAAGUCAAUGCUUCAGAUGAUAGUGAAACUCAUGAUGAGGAAGACGAUGAUGUUGAAAUGGAUGUCACAAAUACAUAUGAUCGAGAUUCACCCAUUUCUGUUUCUACUAGAUAAUUCUUUACAGUAAUAAUAGUAAAUAAUGGUCAUGGUUUGAUUCAUUAUUUUCACAAAUUGUAUACUCCAUUUUAUUAUACAACAAAAUAAAUACAUUUUUAAAUGUU